AUGUGGUAUCUACCUAUUGCUGACAGAUUGAAGAGAAUGUAUCAGAGCAAGAAGACGGCAGCGGCAAUGAGAUGGCAUGCGGAGCACCAAGCAAAGGAAGGAGAAAUGUGUCAUCCCUCUGAUGCUGCGGAGUGGAAAUAUUUUCAAGAUCUACAUCCCCAGUUUGCCGAAGAACCUCGUAACGUUUAUCUUGGAUUAUGUACAGAUGGGUUCAAUCCUUUUGGCAUGUCUCACAAUCAUUCCUUAUGGCCUGUGAUCUUGACUCCUUACAAUUUACCCCCAAGUAUGUGCAUGAAGACAGAGUACUUAUUCCUUACAAUAUUGAAUUCUGGGCCAAAUCAUCCGCGAGCUAGUCUUGAUAUCUUCCUCCGCCCACUUAUUGAGGAGUUAAAAGAAUUAUGGUCAGUUGGAGUAGAUGCAUAUGAUGUAUCCUUGAAUCAAAAUUUCAAAUUAAGAGCUGUGUUGAUGUGGACGAUAAGCGACUUUCCGGCAUAUGGUAUGUUAUCUGGAUGGACGACCCACGGUAAAUUGUCUUGUCCAAUUUGCAUGGAAGACACAAAGGCUUUUUAUCUGCCAAAUGGAAGGAAGACGUGUUGGUUUGAUUGUCAUAGAAGGUUUCUUCCUCAGGGUCAUCCAUUAAGGAAGAAUAUAAAAGACUUUUUGAAGGGUAGACACGCUAUCAAUGAGUAUCCACCAGAGUCUUUGAACGGUGAGCAAGUUUAUACCGAGCGGAUUAAAUCUGUCAAGCCCCCAAAAACAUCGGAGUGCGGUGGAAACGGUCAUGAAAAAAAGAAGGCUGGAUACGGGAAGUGGCAUAACUGGCACAAAGAAAGCAUAUUUUGGGAGUUGCCGUACUGGACGGACCUCAAUCUCCGACAUAAUCUUGAUGUGAUGCAUAUAGAGAAGAAUUUUUUCGACAACAUCAUCAAUACUCUUAUGAGUGUGGCGGGUAGAUCAAAAGACACAAUCAAGUCAAGAUUGGAUAUAGAACGAUUCUGUGAUCGAGCUCACUUACACGUUGAUGCGAAUGGUGAAGCACCUUUUCCUGUAUACACAUUGGAAGAAGCUGACAGGAAAAAAUUAUUGGAAUGCGUGAAAAUGGUACAAUUCCCAGACGGUUAUGCGGCAGACUUAGCAAGUUGUGCUGAUAUAGAGAAAGGAAAGUUUUCAGGCAUGAAGAGUCAUGACUGCCAUGUUUUUAUGGAGCGGCUACUUCCAUUUAUCUUUGCAGAACUUCUUGAUCGCAAUGUCCAUCUUGCAUUAUCAGGGGUUGGAGCAAUCUUCCGUGACUUAUGUUCUAGAACUUUGCAAAAAGACCGCGUCAAAAUUCUGAAACAAAACAUUGUUUUAAUCUUGUGCAAUUUGGAAAAGAUCUUCCCACCCUUGUUUUUUGACGUGAUGGAGCACCUCCCUAUACAUCUCCCCUAUGAAGCUGAAUUAGGAGGCCCUAUGCAGUAUAGAUGGAUGUAUCCUUUUGAAAGGUUUUUCAAAAAGUUGAAGGCAAAAGCAAAGAACAAAAGAUAUGUUGAAGGCAAAAGAUCGAUUGUUGAAUCGUAUAUCAGUGACGAGAUAGCUUAUUUCACAGAGCAUUACUUUGCUUCAAAUAUACAAACGAAAUCAAGGUUAACAAGAUUCGAUGAAGGUGAAGCCCCCGUAUUUGAUGUCCCUGGAGUUCCUGAAAUAUUUACUCACAUAGGUCGUCCAAGUGGUCAAAUGCAUGAAAUAUGGCUUUCAGAGAAAGACCAUCGGGUCGCACAUGCAUAUGUUUUGCGAAAUUGUGAAUACUUUCAGCCUUUUGAGAGUAUGUUUGAAGAUUAUAUCUCUACAAAAUAUCCAGCACUCUCUGAAAAAGAAGUUUCCGCAAAAAGAGCUGACGAGUAUCCUGCAUGGGUUACUUACUGGAAUGCCACAAAUCCUUUUCCUAUUUGGGUUCAAGACAUAGUACACGGACCUGUGAAUAAGAAUCAUGGAAUGGGACGGAAGACAUGUAACUAUGGGGUCUGUGUCAAAGGAGAAAAUUAUACGGAUGCAUCAGAUGAUGCUGAUUUCUACGGGACUUUAACUGAUAUUAUACAACUGGAGUAUGAGGGAAUGGUAAAUUUGAAGAUCACACUUUUUAAGUGUAACUGGUAUGACCCUGUUAUUGGUAGAGGCACUCGAAGGAGCAAUGGCGGCAUCGUUGAUGUUCUUUCAUCAAGAAGAUAUAACAAAUAUGAGCCAUUUAUUCUGGCUUCUCAAGCGGACCAAGUUUGUUUCAUCCCGUAUCCAUACCGCAAGAGACCGAAACAAUUGUGGCUUAACGUGUUAAAAGUAAAUCCGAGAGGAAAUAUUUCUGGAGAAUAUGAAAACAAAGAACCUGCGCUUUUGCAAGAAAUUAAUGAUGAUGCUGUCAUGCUAACUACAAUUGAAGAUCUCGUGGUUGACAAUCGAGUGCACGGGGUGAAUCCGAUAAAUCUAGAUUUCGACGUUGGAGAUGCAGAACCUGAUGAUGAAUUUCAUUGUAAUUUAUCCUCUUCAGAUGAUGAUGAAGAGGCUGAGGAAGAACCUUACUAG